GAAAGAUGCAAUGCAUAUCUAUAGCUCAAGACAUUAUUAUUCAUUUCUUUAUAGUAACAAAAAAAUAAAUAUCCAAAGUAUAACUCCAAACAGUAAACAACCUUUAUUUUUCCAAUUUGUUUUGUUUUUCUUUUACGUACAUCACCGCCACGUACCGUUGACACCCACGAGACCAAAAAAUCCAACGUCUUUGUCACCAUUAUUUAUACUCCCAAUGCUCUUCCUUCCCACUCUCACUGCUAAAAAAAAAAUGGAAGGAAAAACCAUUCCCCUUUCCUUCCUCUUCACUUUCUCUAUCAUUUUCCUUUCCCUUUUUGCCCUUUCUGUCACUUCUUCUUCCCUUCAAUACCAAAAAUUAGUGUUACAUUCACUCCCGGAAACUCAACUGCAGUCCCUUAACUGGGAUGCCCAAGAUUUGAGUGCCCAGUUGCUUUCCGCCGAUGGGUCCGAACCGGAUCCGGAUACUACACUUUCCGGGUCGGAUCCGGAUCCGAAUAACGUACUGUCUGUACAGCUACAUCAUGUUGAUUUAGCGUCUCCGGCGUCGUUUAAUGCUACUCCACAUGCUUUGUUCAAGCUCCGGCUUAAACGAGAUGCUGUUAGAGCUAAGGCAAUUUCGAUUCUUGCUGCUGCUAAUGUUACCGUUGGCCGCCGUGCCGGACGGGGACAUGCUGGUGGAAGGGAUUUUUCUAGUUCGGUUAUUUCUGGGCUUGCGCAGGGUAGUGGAGAGUACUUCACGCGUAUAGGUAUAGGUACUCCUUCGAAAUAUGCUUACAUGGUUUUGGACACUGGAAGUGACGUUGUUUGGAUCCAGUGUUCGCCUUGCAAGAAGUGUUAUACUCAGACCGACCCGGUUUUUGACCCGACUAAGUCGUCUUCCUUCGUUGGUGUUUCAUGUGGUUCGCCUUUGUGCCGCCAGUUGGACACUGUUGGCUGUAGCCGGAAGAAGUGCCUUUACCAGGUUUCCUACGGCGACGGUUCGUUCACCGUCGGUGAUUUUUCGACGGAAACACUGACUUUCCGGGGGACACGUGUCAACAAUAUUGCACUUGGUUGUGGCCACGACAACGAAGGUUUAUUCGUCGGAGCCGCCGGGUUACUGGGUCUAGGCCGGGGAAGACUAUCAUUUCCGACUCAAGCUGGUCGGAGAUUCGGCCGGAAGUUCUCCUACUGCCUCGUAGACCGGUCCACUUCCGCUAGGCCAUCCUAUCUAGUCUUCGGCGAAUCUGCCGUUUCUCGAACCGCCGUGUUUACCCCACUCGUCACUAACCGAAAACUCGACACGUUUUACUACGUGGAGCUCGCCGGAAUCAGCGUCGGCGGAACUAGGGUUCCGUCCAUUAGGCCGUCGUUGUUCAAGCUAAACGCCGCCGGUGAUGGCGGUGUCAUAGUAGAUUCAGGAACCUCAGUGACCCGCUUGACCCGACCCGCUUACAUAGCACUUCGGGACGCUUUCCGUGUAGGUGCUAGAGAUCUGAAAAGAGCACCAGAUUUCUCAUUGUUCGAUACAUGCUUCGAUCUCUCAGGGAAAACUGAAGUGAAGGUGCCGACGGUGGCUCUGCAUUUCCGGGGAGCUGACGUGUCAUUGCCGGCGUCGAACUACUUAAUUCCUGUAGACAGUGAUGGAACAUUCUGCUUUGCAUUUGCAGGUACCAUGAGUGGAUUGUCCAUAAUUGGCAACAUUCAGCAACAAGGUUUCAGGGUAGUGUUUGAUCUUGCUGGUUCUCGUCUAGGAUUUGCUCCACGUGGCUGUGCUUAAGUUAAUGCCAAACACAAUCAAGAAAAAAAAGAUCGAAAUUUGCUUCCAAAAUCCCCACGUUUGUCGUGUUUAAUUAAUUUCUUUGGUUAGGGGUGGAUUAGGAGAACCAAAAGAAACAUGAGUGUUUGUAUUAUGUGCUAAAUUAAUGUUGUAAUACAGGGUUACUUAGUGUAGAUUGUAAGUUGUAACUCGAAACACACUUGUGUUUUGUGUAAGAUGGGCGAAGUUGAUAGUAGGCGCAAAAUGUGCGGCUGCUGCGUAAGGUUGACAUUGCUUUUAUCUAUUUGAUUUGUUUUCUUUGAA